CCAACUCCCUGCACUGGUGGGAGGAGGUGAGAUAAAAAAAAAACUCAUCUGCAUUCAUUUCUCUCUCCAGCUUCUAUGCACUGGUUCCAUUUACCUGGAAGACUUGGGUUUGUAUUUUUCAAUAAAAUCAGUGGUUGUUUUUCUUCCCCAGGGUAAGGCUGGUGUGGCAGCAGGAUGGGGCUAAAGGGAGCAUCCCUCCAGUGCUGGCAAGGCUGCACCCCACGUGCACCCCUCCAGAGCAGGGGGGAAUGAGCUUUGCAAUCCUAUUUCUGGAGGCAGUCUUGUCUGCAGGUGGUGUGUGCAUGUAAGCACAAACGAGUAGCAGUUGGCUACCCCUGAAUCAUAAGCAGAUUUUGAAAAAUGUCACACCUAUCUCCCUCCAGAAAACCAGCCCCUUCACAGACUCAGAGAAGCUCCCAUGCCUCAGACCCCUUGGAUGGAAUGCUGCAGGCUGUGUCAGAGGGGAAGGACAGCUUUAAGGUGGCAUGUAAGCAGGCAGAGGGGUGGCAGGGGAGAGGCAGUCAUUGGCAUUAUUUGCAUUAUUAUAUAUUAUAUAUAUAUUAUAUAGCACUUAUAUUUUUAAUGACUUACAGUUGGAGCUCUCUCCCAGUGCUGUGCCCCCUGCUGUCCAGGGUGUUUGAGGGGUCUUCAGGGUAGAAAAUGUAGGCAGAAAGAAUGUUGUUUUUCUAAUGUUGUGUAGACUGACACUGUCAGACUGAUUCUUCGGUCAGAGUUGUAAACUAGAUCUUCCUUCCCUGCUUUCUGUGACUUCUCUUGGCAUGCAAAGACCCAUGAGCUGGAAUCUCAUCAUCAUCCCAUCAUCCUUCCAAGGAUAGUUUAGGAAUGUCACAUGGAGCAGCAGCUCACAGUACUUACAGCAUUGCAUAGUGCUCCAGCAGCAGCAGUUCAAUCCUAUUUGGGUUCUAGCCAGUGUUUGUUGUCCUCCUUGGAAAUGGUAUUGAUUUUGGAGCUCAGGAGCCAAUUAUGGCCAAUGUGAUACUCAGCACCUCACAUCCCAGGAUGACAUGUGCUAGGGAAGCUGCUCUGCUUCAACUGGGGCUGCCAGAUGGGCCAGUGAGGCUCUGGACAGACUCCACACCCUGUAAAUCACCUGUGCUGUGAGUAAGCAGUUACUCACACCCUAAAUGUUAUUUGACAUGUUGGCUGGGUUUGGUUUGCACAAGGACUGGCAUUAGUUUGAUACUUGUGCCAGUGGAGAGCAGCCCCACAGGCUUUUGGUACCCAGCAUUGCCAGGGAAAAUCAUCCUGGACUAUCACAAUGAUCACAUCUUGUCGAGGCUGGUGGUGUUCCAUGCCAGAGACCAUGGAUGGAAUGACAGCUUGAGCCUGGAAGCCUGCUCUCCCAGACUGUGGUAGCUGUCAUGUUGGGCAGCAAAUGAUGGUUACAGAGCCUGCAGGCAGCUGAACUGCUCCUGGUGCCUUCUGCUAGCAACUCUGCAAAGCCAGAACAGCAAAACCAGAGAAAUCUUAAGGCUUCAUCCCAAUGAAAGGUCAAAAUAAAAACCCUGAUUAUAAUAAAGAAAGCCCAAAUCUCUGAUCUUUUAUCUGUGUUGAUAAUGCACUGAUCAGAAGUGGGAGUGACUGCACUCUGAUAAACCAGUUACAAGAGGACCUUGAGAGCCCAGAGAGAGAUUUCUGCCCCAUGGAAGGACAAGGGAUAUGGCAAUGCUGGAGCUGUGGGGGCCUGGAGCUCUGUUCUCCUGUGGGGAAGGUGGUGGUGAUGAGCUUCCUUCCUCGGAACACUUGAGCGUGGCCGAUGCAACAUGGCUUGCCCUCAACGUGGUGUCUGGUGGAGGUGGUUUCUCCAGCUCCCAGCCCAUUGGAGUGACCAAAAUUGCCAAGUCAGUCAUAGCACCUCUAGCUGACCAAAACAUCUCAGUGUUUAUGCUCUCCACCUACCAGACGGACUUCAUCCUGGUGCGUGAGCGGGACCUGCCCUUCGUGAUGCACACGCUGGCUGCCGAGUUCACCAUCCUCAGAGUAGUGAAUGGGGAGACAGUGGCUGCUGAUGACUUUGGGGUAACAAAUGGAUUUGUCAAACCAAAACUAGUUCAGAGGCCUGUCAUUCAUCCUCUUUCCAGUCCAAGUAAUAUGUUCUGCGUCACCAGCCUGGAUCCAGAUACCCUUCCCACUGUUGCUACACUCCUAAUGGAUGUCAUGUUUUACUCCAAUGGAGUAAAAGACUCAGUGGUGGGCAAUGAAGACUCGGGACACAUUCGCUUUUUCUCCUUUUCUCUCAUUGAGGGUUACAUCUCCCUGGUCAUGGAUGUCCAGACACAGCAGAGAUUUCCUAAUAAUUUGUUGUUUACAAGUGCAUCUGGUGAACUCUGGAAGAUGGUGAGGAUUGGUGGGCAGCCUCUUGGCUUUGAUGAAUGUGGAAUUGUCGCUCAGAUUUCUGAGCCUUUGGCCGCUGCUGACAUCCCAGCCUACUACAUCAGUACUUUUAAGUUUGAUCACGCCUUGGUACCUGAAGAAAAUAUAAAUGGUGUGGUCAAUGCACUCCAAGUCAGUCAAGCUGAAAAGCAUUAGAAAUCUUCUGAGCUGGUUCCAGAUGCUUUUUAUUAUUCUAAUAAUAAUAAUUACUAUUAUUAUUAUUAUUAUUCUUUUUUUCUCACAGUAUUUCUUGAAAAAUCUGAUUACAGAGAGUGACAUGAAAAGAGACUGUGGAAAGUUGAGCAGAAACAGCUCCAAUAAGCCUUUGUUUUAAUUAUUAUUAUAAUAUUAUUAUUAUUAUUAUUAUAUUAUUAUUGUUAUUGUUAUUUUAUUAAAUUUAUGAAUGAGGGGCAGGAGGAAAGGGAGUUCUGAUAUGGUUUUCUGAUGUUCAGCUCCGAGGUGAAGUGUACCCUGGCUGUGCUCUCAGUGUGGAAGGAGCUGCAGCCGAUGGCAGCACCGUGGGGAUGCUGCUGAGAGCAGUGGGAUGGGCCAAGAGCAGAUGGACACUGGCUCAGAGAGCCCUGAAAACCAGAACCAAAAUGAAAUAUGGAAUUAAACAGAAAAGACAUUGUGUUGUACUGGGUUGUCUCCUCGCAUCAGACUUCCUGAGGACUGUCCAUCUUGCCUGUGUUGAGAUAGGAUGCAAAGGGUUCUGUUUCCCCUGACAGAACAGUUUGGUGUUGGAAAAGGGGAAAAUACCCAGUUGUUUGACAUUUCCCCUUUUUCUUCCUCCCUGCAGUCAAAGCCUGGCUGCUCUGAAAAAGCCUGGGCAGGGGGAGCUCAGCUCUGGCCAGCUCCUGGCAGGUGGUGUCACCCAGACUUGUGUCUGCAUUGAAACUUGGCUGGUUUUGGUCAAUUUUUUCCAGUCACUUUCCCACUGCUGCCGUUCCCCUGCUCCAGGACAGCUGUUGUCCCUUAUCCCACAUCAGAGCCUUCCCCCUGCCCUUGUUCCCCAGGGCCAGCAAGAGGAGGAAGGCCUCUUUUCUCCUGUCCCCUCAGGCUUUUUCCCACCCAGUGUGCACACAUGGGGAAAUAAAAGGAUUGCCCAGGGUCCCUGGGUAGCUGCUCUUGCACAUCCCAGGCCUCCUUGGCCACAGCAGCUUCCCCCUGCCAGGGCUCUGAGUCUUGUGGGGACCCUCCUGCAGUUUUUCAUCAGCUCCUGCAUCACACAGGUGGAAAUUGCUGCUGGCUGGGGAAAGUAGAAUGGUGCUGAAAAUACCUAAAACCUGCUAGCAUCUGGUCCUGUCACAGGAAGAUGAUGAGGCUUUUCCCAUGGGGCAGCAAUAGCAUGUUUUCUUCUGGCUUUUACCAGAGCUGAGGGCCAGCAGGAGCCAGGCUGGUGGCACCGUGUCCAGGCUGUGGCCACUGGUGUGGAGAGCACAGCAGAGCCCAGGGCUGGGAGAGGAGUGUUACCCAAGAGUGGGUGCCAGCAGUCUGUCCCACGUGUGACCUUUUGUGAUUACCAGCCCCAGCACAUCUUACAUUUCUUAACUUCUUCCACUUCAGUCUUGACAUAAGGAAAUGGCAGAUCUUGCCAUUUCCUGAGGGCUUUGCUGAGGGCUUCAGAGAGAGCCUCUGGCAGGAUUUCCCUGAGGCUGUGCCAGCUGUGAGCCAGGGUUUUGCAUUAAUCUGGAGGCAGUAAGCAGGCACCUGGGAUUGUGCCAUGGGUGUGGUUUGUUCUGGUGUGUGGGACAUGCAAACACAGACACAGCUCAUUGAUUGCUUCUGCAUUCACAGUACUGGAGGGCAGUUAUGGUUUCUGAUGCUGCUGGAUUCAAACACUGAGUUUCAAAUCUGAUUUUGCUGUUCCUUUACAUGGGUUUUUGGAAUUGUCCCACGAUAUGUUUAUAUUCACUUCAGAUUUCUGAACUAAAGGUUUGUUCUAGAAGUGGCACUGUGCAUUUCUGGAUGUUUGUUUGGAAAGAAGCUUUGGGACACAGGCUGCACAGUGCAGUGUUGAAAGCGUUCAGAGAUGUUUGCUGUGGCUCUGCCCUGUGCUGUGGGCACUGAGCUGGAGUGGUGGCUUUUCACCCCAUAUUUUAUCAGUUACUCCUUGGGAAGGCAGAUUGGCAGCGUGGCUGGCAGGGAGGGCAGCCUUGAGUUGCCAGCCCAGGUUUGUGGUCAGCUGAGUUGAGCCUGAGUUCUCUCUGUGUGCAUGGAUGGUGCCACCAGGACAGAGUCAUCAGGACAGGGUCUUCCUUUUGCUCUGGGGUUUUGUCAACCUUUGGGAGAUGUCAGUUUUGAAGAUGCUGCUUCCAAAGGACUUCAAUGUGGAUAGGAAGGAAUUAACUCCAAACAAGCAACUUUACUGAGCCUUAAAUGAAAACAAAAAACCAUAGGUUUUAAUUUUCUAACAUUGCACUCAGGCUAUUUUAGAGGCUGAUUUUUGUAAUUUUUUUUUCCCCCAAGGGAAUCAGCCUUAUAUUUGUGAAAUCUGUAGAAAGCUUUGUGGUAUUUUGAACCUUCCAAAGGAAGGUUGAUGUCCCAGCACGGGACAGUUGGCCUGAAGAAUUCACAGGAUGUAAAAUGCCAUUGAGGGCUUCUGAUGCUGCCAUCAUCCUUGACUUCACCUUUUGAUUUCCUUUUAUUGUUUUCUCCUGACAUCCAAGAAGAUUGUUUCAGACAACUUGAUGCUUUCCCUUUAGUAUUCCCUUCAUAUUUGUUCUGGUGGGAACUGGGAUACUCCAAAUGUGGCCAGAAUUGGUGGAACUUUGUCCCUGCACCCAGCCUGAAGUCAGGAUCAAUGCAAGCUUGCAUAGUGAGAUCUGCCCUGCAGGAAGGGGUCUCUUUGUUAAAUAUUUUCAUAGUAAUAAUAAUACCACCACACUAUUAACACUACAGUGCUUAGAGAAACCAAAGCAGGGGGCUCUGAACUCUCAGCACCCAGCCUUUGGGGUAGGGAAAAAGUUGAAGAUAUUUUCCUUUUAAAUGCCUUGUGCUAAUAGAUCUGAGCCUCCUGACAUUGUGCUGCUCACUGGUGUGUGGAUAAAGGAGGAACAUGGCUCAGUGGACACCCUUGGGCUGGGUGCCUGGAUUACCUGCAGCUGCCAGUGCUGCCCUCAGCAUCCCUGCUCAGCUCUGGGCAGCUCCAGCUGCCCAUGGCCCUGCUAAUGAGGGAUGGCCUCAGUGCUGCAGGGGGGUUCCUGCCAUCCUUGUGGAGUCCACACACCCACACAACUGUGCAAGAGCACUGGCUUGUCCAAACUCCUUCAUUUACAGGUCAGCAAGGUGAAUGGGAGGUGCUGGGUCCUGCAAUGGCACAGUCAGUGUUCACUGAGCACAGGUGUUGCUGUCAGCACUGGAUCAUUGGUAUUUUCUGUUAAUCAAAAGGGAGAAAUUCUUUAUUUGGCCUCAGGCUGAGCAUUGCUGCUAAUUCCUGAAAGAAGGUGUCCCCCAACAACAUUCAGUUAUGGACAAGAAAUCAUUUUCUGAUGAGGAUUUCUUCUCUCUGUCACUUUGACUCUUGUGGCCAUCUCCAGUAAGCAGCUUAAGGCAUCUCACUUACCUGUUCCAGUCCUGCCUGCAAACAUUGGAUUGGAUUAAACUUUUCUUAUCUGCAGGAGAGUAAAACCCAGUAAUCCUUUGCCAAAAAUAUUUACACUCUGCAGCAUGUGCUGGGGUGUGUUUACAUUGGCUAAAAUGUGCAAAGCUGCCUCCAGCUCUCCCUACCUUCUCCCCAUGAGUGCAUCUGUCUGUCCUGUCUGUCUGUCCCCUGCCACGUGCCAGGGGCCAGCAGUAUCUCUCAGGCAUCCUGGCAGCACUGAACUGGUACAGAAACAGUCUGUGCAUCCUCAGCAAGGCUGUGGGACCUUCCCAGGCUCCCUGGAAGGGAAACACUUGACUGUGAAGGUAAUCUUGAGUUACUUUGCCAUCCUUAGCCUCCUUCUUUAUUUAAUCCUUAUGAAACACAGCUGGGUUGAGUUACCAGCUCCAGUUAGCAAAGGUGAAGGAAAGAAAGGGGUUCUGCAGUGUGAGACGUGCACUGGAUGCUGAUCAGCAAAUCCUGGCUGCAGCAGUUAAAGCCUCUGCAGAUGCUCUGGUGAGCACAGAGCAAUGCACAGCCCCUGUUGUAUGAAGGGAAAAUGGUUGAAGUAUGGAUCAAAGUACAUUCUCAUUUUAGGAUACGAAUUUUCGGGUUCUGUACCUCUUUGGAACAUACAUAAGCCAAGAUCUUUUCUUGGUGUCUUUAGACAGCACUGGUCAUUUCAGAUGUAAAGUCUGGGAAUGAAUGUUGCCAUGCUACUGCAGAUUCCAUGAACAGCUUCCCCCUGCUCUGUAAUUCUCUUGCAGCCAUGACCUGUGCUUCUGCACGCUCUGACUUUGCAGAGGGCCUGGCCACAAGGGACUAACAAACCUCUGGCAUCUCCUCCCAGCUGAGAGUGCCUAAGUUGUGCGGCCAAGGUGGAGGGAGUGGCACAGGGAUGGCAGGCACACAGCUCCUCCCCUGCCUGCUCAGCUCCAGCAUGGCCACAGCCAGCCCAGCUCAGCACUGUCCCAGCUGUGUGGAGCAGGAGAGUUCAAAAGAGCUUUUAAUGCCCUGGGCUCCCUUGGGGGUUUGUUUUCAUCCAAUUUUAGCUUUCUGCAAAAUUCUGUAAAUGAAUAGCCUGUCUUGUUCCCUUACUGUUAAUUCCUUACAUAACCCAUUCUCUCCUUGUUUUCAUUAGAAUUAGAGGGUGGGUGAUCACCUCAAUUUCCCUGACAGGUUCACCUGCUCCCACCACCGAGCCAUGCCAGCAGGUCCUGCUGCUGCUGGGAUUUGGGUCUUGGUGCCAGAGUGCCCUGGAACAUCUGCAGCCCCACCUUGCAGUGUCUGGUUGUGGCUGCACAGCACGGGCUGGUCGUCUCCUGCCAGAAGGGUUUAGUUCUGAGGGAGCACUGCACAGAGGGAGGAGAAGCCUCAUUGUUCUCAUCAGUGCUUUGGGCAGAUUUUUAGUGUGGUUCCUCUGGGCUAAGGUUCAGUGAGCCAUCACCCUGCAGGCUCACAAUGCACCGUGCAAGGUCAGGGUUGUUAGGAGGGGUUGGCCCUUCUGGGGCCAUAGUGCAAUGCCACUUUAUUAGUGCCUCAAGUGGCUUCAACAAGCCUGAGCAUUUCUCUUUAUCCCCUUUGUAAGGACUCCAAAGGAGCCCAUAUUCCCUCCAGACACCUAAACAACACUAACCCAGAUUUCUAGAACUGCCAAGAGAGCAGAGAUGCUCCUGGUGCAGAAACUGCCCAGCCUGGAUCAGGGUCUGUCUCUCUUCCCUGGCUGCCUAGAACAGCUGUGCUGGGCAACCUGGGAAGGAAACACAAAUCUUUAGGACUUUUUUAUUUAAAAAGUUAUUUAUGUAUCAUUUGCUCUGUAAGUGAAAUACCACUUUUGGCCUCAGACACACACCAAAUAGGCUGAAGUUGGGUUGGGAACCCCAAACUCUUGCAGCCUCUCCUCCCUGCUCACCUCUCAGAAACCCCAUGCAGCCUUUCAUUGGGGAGGGUGGAAAAAAUAGUGUAUUUAUUUCCCUUUAAUUACCAGCUCUGAUGCAAAGAGACAGGGUGGGGGAAUCCUCCCCAUGCAGGGGCCUUUGGUACAGCUCCUGCUCUGGGCUGCAGCCAUGGAAAGGCUGCUUGCACCUGCCCUGUGGGCAGUGCCCAUGGGCUCAGUGGGGCCAGGCCCUGCAUGUGUGGGUGGGGAGAUCCUGUAAGUUUGGGGGGACAAGGCACAGAGGAGCCUGAAUGCAUCAGUUGCCUUCAUGAGCUCUGCACGAGGCAGGAUGUUACAGCACCAGGCACAGGGAAUGGUGGCAGCAGCUUGGGAUCAUGCACUGGACAUUGUGUGGAGCUGAGAAGUGGCUGCUUUGCUUUCCCAGCAAGUGCACACGCUGCUUUUCUUUGCUGGUCUUAUGCUGAAAAGCUGAGAUUUAUGUACUGUAUGAAAAAAACAAAACAGAAAAAAGAAAAAAUCCUAAUGUUCCAAAAUAAAUGACAGUAUAUUUUGUACUUUGUAAAGUAAUUAAACCGAAAAAGAAUAAAAAGUGAAACUUAUGCUGUCUGCUUUUGUACUGAUCAAACUGAUGAAAAUAAAGCAGAGCUUGGCAUUGUCUGCAA